CACCAAAGCGCAGCUCAGAGCAGCAGCGCAGCGCAGCACUGGGCAGCGCACUGCCAGGGAGACUGGAGAGCAGCACGCGGGGCGGCCGGGAGCCCCCGGCACCUCCCCCCACUUCGCCGACCAGCCAGCCAGCCAGCUACCCCUCUGCCUCUGACUUCAGUUCAGCUCCACCCCCGUGUGGCGGCGGCUCCCUCUGUCAAAAACUGCGCUCCGCGGCUCUAGCUCAGCCCCGGGAACCAGCUACACCUGCCCGGGCGCCCUCUCUGCCUCUGUCCUCCCGCCCCCCAACUGGCCCAACUUGGAUGGAGUUGGGGUCCUGAGCGCCCUCAAUACCAGGUCAGAGGCGACCCCUCUACUUCCACUCCCGGUCCGGGACCCUCUUCUCUUGUCUGCUCAGCUCCAGAGAUGGGAAAAGUUGGCGGAGGCAGCCGCGGCGGCGGCUCCCCAACCCGGCUCGGCGCGCUCCUUGCCCGCACCGGGAUCUUGCUUCUCUGCGCCCGGGGCGCCUGUGGCGGGGGUGGCGGUGGGGGCGGCUCCUGUUGCCCCCCACCGUCCCCCGGAUCAGCCCAGCGCUGGACACCAGCCCGACCUGGGACACCCACACUGGGGCCCCAAGAUAAGCCGGGGCCGGCGGCUGUUCCUGGGGAACAGCGGCGCUCCGCGGCUCCUGCCAAGCCGAGUAGAGCGCCCGCGGCUCCCAUGCCAUUCCCCCGCCGCCCGGUGUUUACAGUGGCCCCCGGGGACAGAGCUCUUUCCCUCGAGAGGGGCCCAGGAGGCGACGGCGGGGCCGGAGGACUUCGCUCCCUCCGGAGAAGACGGAGUGGGGUGGAACAAGAAAAGGAAGAUCGGGACAGCGGCGAGGGCAGGCGACCAAGGGGACCACCAGGGGACGGAGGGCAGCGGGAGCCUGGCAAAGCCACCCGGUUCCGGCUGGAGGAGCUGAGACUGACAAGUACCACGUUUGCACUGACCGGGGACUCAGCACACAACCAAGCCAUGGUCCACUGGUCAGGUCACAACAGCAGUGUGAUUCUAAUUUUGACGAAGCUCUACGACUAUAACCUAGGGAGCAUCACUGAGAGCUCACUUUGGAGGUCAACAGAUUAUGGGACAACCUAUGAGAAGCUAAAUGAUAAAGUUGGUCUGAAGACAAUUUUGAGCUAUCUCUAUGUCUGCCCUACCAAUAAGCGCAAGAUCAUGUUACUCACAGACCCGGAAAUUGAGAGCAGUUUAUUGAUCAGCUCUGAUGAAGGAGCAACGUAUCAAAAGUAUCGGCUGAACUUUUACAUCCAAAGCCUACUUUUCCAUCCCAAGCAAGAGGACUGGAUCCUGGCAUAUAGUCAAGACCAAAAGUUAUACAGCUCUGCAGAAUUUGGGAGGAGAUGGCAGCUUCUCCAGGAAGGAGUCGUUCCAAACAGAUUCUACUGGUCAGUGAUGAGGUCAAACAGAGAGCCAGACCUUGUGCAUCUGGAGGCCAGGACAGUGGAUGGCCAUUCACAAUACUUAACCUGCCGGAUGCAGAACUGUACAGAAGGCAACAGAAAUAAACCUUUCCCUGGCUACAUUGACCCCGAUUCUCUGAUUGUUCAGGAUGAUUACGUUUUUGUUCAGUUGACCUCAGGAGGACGACCACAUUAUUACGUGUCUUACCGUAGGAAUGCGUUUGCACAGAUGAAGCUGCCCAAGUAUGCCCUGCCUAAGGAUAUGCAUGUCAUCAGCACAGAUGAGAACCAAGUGUUUGCAGCAGUCCAGGAGUGGAACCAAAAUGACACCUACAACCUCUACAUCUCAGACACACGUGGUGUCUACUUUACUCUAGCUCUGGAGAAUGUCCAGAGUAGCCGUGGGCCUGAGGGUAACAUCAUGAUUGACCUCUAUGAGGUAGCAGGGAUAAAGGGAAUGUUCUUGGCUAACAAGAAGAUUGACAACCAAGUGAAGACUUUCAUCACAUACAACAAAGGCAGAGACUGGCGGUUGCUGCAGGCUCCUGACACUGAUCUGAGAGGGGACCCUGUACAUUGCCUGCUGCCAUACUGUUCCCUACAUCUCCACUUGAAGGUCUCUGACAACCCAUAUACCUCUGGAAACAUUGCCAGCCGUGACACAGCUCCUAGCAUCAUAGUGGCUUCAGGUAACAUUGGUUCUGAGCUGUCUAACAAUGAUAUCAGUAUGUUUGUGUCUUCAGAUGCUGGGAACACCUGGAGGCAGAUCUUUGAAGAAGAGCACAGUGUUCUAUACCUGGAUCAAGGUGGGGUCUUGGUUGCUAUGAAACACACAUCUCUGCCGAUCCGACAUCUCUGGUUAAGUUUUGAUGAAGGGAGAUCAUGGAGUAAAUACAGUUUCACUUCUAUCCCUCUUUUUGUGGAUGGAGUCCUAGGGGAACCUGGGGAAGAGACCCUGAUCAUGACAGUGUUUGGACACUUCAGCCAUCGUUCUGAAUGGCAGCUGGUCAAAGUAGACUACAAGUCUAUAUUUGAUAGGCGGUGUGCUGAGGAAGACUACAGACCUUGGCAACUUCACAGCCAGGGAGAGGCAUGCAUUAUGGGAGCCAAGAGGAUAUACAAAAAGCGUAAAUCAGAGAAGAAAUGCAUGCAGGGAAAAUAUGCGGGAGCCAUGGCAUCUGAACCAUGUGUCUGUACAGAGGCUGACUUUGACUGUGACUAUGGCUAUGAGCGGCACAGCAAUGGCCAGUGCCUGCCAGCAUUUUGGUUUAAUCCAUCCUCCCUGUCAAAGGAUUGCAGCCUGGGACAGAGUUACCUCAACAGUACUGGGUACCGAAAGGUGGUUUCCAACAACUGCACAGAUGGAGUGAGGGAGCAGUAUACUGCCAAGCCUCAGCAGUGUCCUGGCAAGGCUCCCCGGGGCCUCCGCAUUGUUACCUCUGAUGGGAAACUGACUGCAGAACAAGGACACAAUGUCACCCUCAUGGUACAACUGGAAGAGGGUGACCUUCAAAGGACACUCAUCCAGGUGGACUUUGGCGAUGGCAUCGCAGUAUCUUAUGUCAACCUCAGCUCCACUGAGGAUGGGAUCAAACAUGUCUACCAGAAUGUGGGCAUUUUCCGAGUGACUGUGCAGGUGGACAACAGUCUGGGGUCUGACAGCGCCGUCCUGUACUUACAUGUAACUUGUCCCUUGGAGCAUGUACAUUUGUCACUUCCCUUUGUCACUACCAAGAACAAAGAGGUCAAUGCAACAGCCGUGCUGUGGCCCAGCCAAGUAGGGACCCUAACUUAUGUGUGGUGGCAUGGGAACAACACGGAGCCACUGAUCACCCUGGAGGGAAGCAAAUCAUUUAAGUUUACAUCAGAAGGAAUGAACACCAUAACAGUACAGGUCUCAGCUGGGAGUGCGAUUCUGCAGGACACAAAAACCAUCGCUGUGUAUGAGGAAUUCCAGUCUCUCCGCCUGUCCUUUUCUCCAAACCUGGACGACUAUAACCCUGACAUCCCAGAGUGGAGGCGGGACAUCAGCCGAGUCAUCAAAAGAGCGCUAGUUGAAGCCACAGGUGUUUCAAGCCAACACAUAUUGGUGGCAGUGCUUCCAGGCUUACCCACAGCUGCUGAACUCUUUGUCUUGCCCUAUCAGGAUGCUGCAGGAGAAAACAAAAGGUCAUCAGAGGACCUGGAGCAAAUAUCAGAACUGAUGAUUCACAAACUGAACCAAAACUCCAUCCACUUUGAGUUAAAACCUGGAAUCCGUGUUCUUGUCCAUGCUGCUCACUUAACAGCGGCCCCACUUGUGGACCUCACCCCAAGUCACAGUGGGUCAGCAAUGCUCAUGCUACUCUCUGUGGUGUUUGUAGGCCUGGCCGUGUUCGUCAUCUACAAGUUCAAAAGGAAGAUCCCGGGCCUUAAUGUUUAUGCCCAGAUGCAGAAUGAGAAAGAGCAAGAGCUGAUCAGCCCAGUCAGUCACAGUGAAAACAGGCCCAAUAUCACUCAGGCUGAGCUGAGGAACCCUGACCAAUUUAUAGAUGAGAAGUUGGACCCACGGCCCAUAGGAAGUAUUUCCAUAGUUGCUGAGAAUCAAAGCACAAAAGAAAUCCCUACCUAUGUAAAUGUUUGGAGGACGCCAGUAAAAAAACAAAAACAAAAAAACAAAAACAAAAACAAACAAAAACAAAAACAAACAAACAAAAACACAUUAAAAACACUCACUGCAUCGGGACUUUUUAAUUCUUCAGACACAGACAACAAGGGUUUUUAGCUUUAAACCUGUGCAUGUGGACAUGAUCCUGAGAACACGUUCGGAGGGGCGGUGUACAGGUGCUCUAUUUUAAUGGAAAACGCUCCCCUCUUCCCUUCCUUCUUCUCUCUCUUUUUUCUGAUCCGUCGUGUUUGUAGGAGAUUCAUAACAAAUAGAGACCAAGGAAAUUUGCAUGUAUUUUUUGGGGGAAGUAUUCUUGGCUCUAGAUUUAACAGCAAUUUUAGCACUAAAGCCCACUGGGUUGGGUUAGCCACCCAGGGCAAUUUCAUAAGACACAAAAGAGAUGCCACACAGGAGUUCUGAAACCCUGGGCUCUUUCUCUGUUAAUUUCCCUUAUUUCUGUUUUCCUGUUUGAUUUCCCUUCUGCCCCUCCAUUAGACAGCAGUGGCUCUUCAUGCUCUGUGUCUCCAGGGGGAAAAGGGGCAAUCGGUGCAGAUAAUGGGAAGCAUCAGGCUCGGAAGAGUGAGGCAGGGAGAUAAGUUGAAAAUGGGCAUUUCUUUCCCAUCCAUCUAUUUCUAGUGGCUCCAAUAUCCAUGUUUCAGAAGGGACUCACUUCCCUCUUCUUGUAGUUCCUCACAGUAUCAGUAGGAUGCAAGUCCUCAUUUUACCACUAAUUUGACCUUUCAUCCAUUAUUUUCAUUUCUGAACCAAAUCACUUUUCCUAUGCUCCCACUACUGCCUUUAUUUAAUUCCCCCACUCCCAAGUGGAUCAAGGCAUCUAGCUGCCUCACCUUUCUGUUUUUUUCAGCCUUGUUGUCAGUUUUCCCCUCCUCCUGUUUCUGAAUAUAAACUCUACCAUAGCCUUUCCUAUUAUCUGACGGACAUUACAUUUAUAUUCUGUCCCACUGAGUUCCCAUUUUCACUAAAGCCUCUUACAAAUUUCUCUCUGUGUUGGAGUUGCCAAUGAAUUGGGAGGUAGCCUGGAUUAGGGGAAAGAACACUGAGUUGGGAGUCAAAAUAUCUUGAUUCUACUCUUGUCUUUGCCACUUACUGUGACUGUGAGCAAUUAUUUCCUCUGUAUGGGUCCUAGUUUCCUCUGUAAAUUGAUAGGUGUGGUCUCACUGAAGAGUCUAUAACUAACCUGGCUCCUAUACAAGAAGAGGGAUCUAGCUCCACACAUUGUACCUUCUGUCCUAGAACCCCCAACCUCAAGCCAAUUUUAAAAUUGUCAAUGGAUCCCCCCAAAAUAUUUUAUAUGUGAGAGGGUGCUAUUCAAGUCAGCUUGAGAUUGGGUCAUAUAUUUUGGAGAAGGGAAUCAGAAGGGUUGUUGAUGCCUAACUAGACCCCAUAUGGUUAAACCAGUGUCCCUUCAAUGAGGCAAUUCACUAGAAAAUGUUAUAUUUCUGUUACUUUAUAUGUGAUUCACCUUCCCUUCACCGCCUGCUCUGUCCCUCCCCCCAACACACAUAUUACUUUAUGUUUUACUCUGAAGCGAGGAAACAUUACCCAAUCCCUUCUCAUUGUAAAGUGGCAAUGUGCAUGUGAUUUUAAGCUGACUUAAGCUCUAAAAGGGCUGUCAGCGCCAUACUUAAAGGAAACCCAUUUUAGAAACUACACAGUUCUAAGAGAAAUAAACCAAGGUUUUUUAGAUAGCAAAGAUGAUAUUUUUGGCUAUCUUGAUGGUCCUGGUAGUGACACAAACACACACAAACACAUAUCCAUCAAUAUUCUGUUUUAAAUAUAAGGGGGAAAAAGAAAAGGAUAAAUCAGGCAGAACACAGCAAAGCAAGUCAGUAAAAAAAGUACGAUGGCACUCAAAUUAUUCCAGGAUCUUCCCUGGUGUGGACCAGAAAAAUCACAGAAGAAGGAAUAAAUAGACUGGAAAAUAGAGGAAGUAUAGGAGAAAGCCCCAAGGACUUGGGGGUAGAGAGAGUCCAGAGUCCAGCCUCAGUAAUAGGGAAAAGCAGUCCUGUCUUUCCACUCUAGAGAUUAACCUCAUCACUCCCCUGGGGCCUUUCCACAGGACGUGAUGGUUUCAGGAUAAUACCCAUGGUGUAGUGAGUUCAAUACCCAUCAUUGGACCAGCCCCAGCAGGGACUGUCUAUGUCUCCUUUUGCCUCAGCUCUAGAAGGGUCCUUUGGGAGCUUUCUAAAGCUUUUCCUACAGUCUAUUUUCUGCUUGGAAAUCUAGGUUUAAACUUAGAAGCUGGAUGCCUUUGGUAAUUACCACUUUGGUGCUCCUGUCCCACAAAAGACACACUUGUUGACCUAUACCAUUAAAGGUUUCUAUUUGAAUCUGGAAGAUGGGUUGAUUAGUGUGCAGCAGAGUAAUGUUAGUGACAACAUAGGGAAGCCUUAGAUGUAUAGUUCCAAUGUCAUUAAAUGGAGAAAAAGAAUCAUCUUCUUAACCUAGUAUUAGAAUCAGGGGUGGGCAUUAAGUUAUGGAGACUGGUCACUGAUGACCACUUUGAAAAAUAGCAACUCAUGUUAUCUGAGAGUGAGGCAGCAGGGGAGGGGUGGACAGAGCAUCGAGUUGUAGGAAUUGAGAUCUGGGCCACUAACUGGUUAUAAAAUGUUGGGAAGUCAUUGUCCCACUCUAUCUAGGCUUCGUUUUUGUCAUUUUUUAAAUGAAGAAACCAAACUCGAUGAUCUCUAAUAUCCCAUAUUGCUCUGAUAUUCUGUUCGACAGGAUCCACUUCUCACAAACACCACCCCCACAACCUCCCAUUGUCUUGAAGAUUACCCCCUGAGAUCCAGGCACUAGGCUAAAGAGUUGUGGGAAGAAUCAGAUCUCUCCCCUGUGGGCCCAAUUAUGCCUUCCAGAGGAGGCAUCUAGGAGGAAUAGGGAUUGAGAGGGAAUCAAGUGCCUACCCCUAUUUGCCAGUAACAGAGAGGGAACUGCAGCAGGAUCAUGGCUGGUUUAGGGAGUCAUUGGUCAAAACAUGGGAGGAGCCAUUUUAAGAAACAGGCAGGAUGCGAUGCAAACCCAGAGUCAGGUCCGAUUUCAGACCUUUAUUUAAACUCUGAAGGAAAAAUGUGCAAACCUCACCCUAAACAAAGGGCCAGCAGCUUCCUUGCCUUGUUGCUAAUUAGACUCACCCCUCCAAAAUGCAGAGGUUGGCUUUGCUUUUUUCAGGAGUUCCAAACAGCAACUUCCAGAGCAAUGGGACGCUUGACAGCUGUUCUGUGUUUUCCAGAAUUCCAACUGAGCAUUGAAAUCCCUCAUUAGCCAAC